CAUUUUGAAAAUGAUUGCUCGUUUAAGCAUCAAUAUUUACCACUGGCACUUCAGGUAAUUCUCAGGCUUUUAGAAACUGUGCCUCUCUCUUCUUUUUGAUUAGGCAUAAAGAGCCUGUCAAGACCUUAAAAUACUAAGAAAUCUCUAUGCUUGCUGUCUAAUAUCGGAACUCCAAUUGUUUAUUAGGAACUCAUUGUUUUAAGAAGACUAACUAUAUUACAAGCGAAUGAAUUUUUUCUCCUAGCUUUCAUUAUAUGCGUCUCAAAAUGUUACAUUAACCCCCGAAAAAUUUAUAUCCACCAAAAAUCCACUCAUAAUUUAGGCAGGUUGAAAAACUGACUGCUGCUAGUGCUAUCAGUUCAAACAUUGCUAUCACCGGUCCUCCUUCACAGCGCUUUCUAUAAUACGCGUGAUUGAUAUAUCUUACGCCUAAUUAGUAAACAAGGCAACAAAUUGGUUGAAAUAGUAAACGUUGUCAGUACCACGCGCUGUUUGACGAGAAGCUUUGCCCUACCAACUUUGGCGUUAAGGGAAUCACCCACCAAUCCACAACAUGUGGGCAACAGAAAAAGCCGCAAGACUGAGUCUCUGUAUGGUCCCAGGCCUUGUCGAAGAAGAAGAGCUUGUUGAAAGAAAAGUGUCGUUGAUACUAUCAGGUUCGAUAAACAGUAUAUUGUCCCUCACAGUUAAAGUAUUGUCAUUUUUGUGUCUAUAUUUUUAUCAUGACUAUAUGCAAGCCUUUAAGGCUUCGCAGUUUUAUAUUGGAUCUUCUAAGAUCUUCGAUAAUAUAGCUUGCGAGUAGUUAAAAUUUGAAAAAAGAACAUUUUGUGUUAAUCUUGCGAUAUGAUAAAAACGCAUAGGUUAGCGAUUACCGUAUCUGUAACUUAAAAAUCUUUUAUAACGGAUUUUGUGAAGAGAUGCUUCUAAAUUAUGUCUAGUUCUGUAAAUGCUUAGCAUGCUUCACAGUCCGAGAUUUAAGCGCAAUAAAUUCUCUGAUGAAGGAACUUCUUCUUCAAACGGGGGCUGACGUCUUCAAAAUAGGGGGGCUGAGCAUUUGUAAAGGAUACUUGGAUCCUCAUAAAACGAACCUACUUUGUACGUGCAUAAUAAAUAUUUUUGAGCUGUUGCGAGAAUCUCGCCAGGCCCAAACCUUGGUCGGCAUUAACCACAGCGUUUUGCAAUCUUUGAAGAUACUUAAAGAAAAAGGCGGAUUUUAAAUAAGCUGCUGGUAUACCACUAGGUGAACAUAAUUGCAUUCGAGCUGAUUAGGUUUAACAGCUUUUAUCGUAAUAUGGAUGUUGUUGUCCCUACGAGACAUGCCUACGAUCUUAGUACAUGUUUCCUUAUUUUAGACGAAGACCUUGAUAGUGAAAAUAAAUCAACUAAGAGACCAAUGCAAGAUUCAAAUGCAAUAUUGCAACUAAUGACACACAUUCCGGAUAUCGUUAUUAAUUACAACCAGAAGGUCAUGAUGCCAGCAAGGAAAGAAUGCAUCGGUGUUGCUAUGUUUGCUGACAUCUCUGGUUUCACUGCUCUCUGUGAGAAAUAUGCUGACAUGGUGACAAAGGACAACUCGGGGUGUGGAACAGACAAACUGACAGCCACACUCAACAGCUACAUCGGAAAAAUUGUUGAUUGUAUCAUCAAAGAUGGUGGAGAUGUUCUUAAAUUUGCAGGUGACGCCAUAUUAGCUUCCUGGGUCUUUUCUAACUCAGGUCACAACGUUCAGACCGUUCUCACGAAAGCAAUCCGCUGUGGCCUAUCGAUUCAAGAGAAAUGCGAUAAUCAAAUGACCGAAGUCGGAAUUGUGUUGCGUGUUAAGAUAGCAAUGGCGGUCGGUUCUAUGGUGAUUACGUUUGUGGGUGAACAAGAAUCAAAACAGUUCGAUUUAUCAGGCUCUGCCAUUGACGAAGUUGGCGCUGCGGAGAAGCAUGCGCAGCCAAGUGAUGUCAUCUUGACGCCACUUGCUUGGACAAAUUGUGACCAAGAUGUCUUCAAGGUUGAGCAACUGGAGGAUUGUAAUCUGUUUAGGGUAUCUGAAAACAAACGUAUUGUUGAGCCUCACAAAGUCAGCCAAGGCCUCGCAGCGGCAUUUGUCUUCAACGAUAUGAAAAGCACGGAGCUGACGUCGAAGAAAAGACUUGUCGUAUGCCCUGAAAUAGACAAACUGAUUGAGGAGUGUCCGGUUUGCCACUUAGGCCUUCCAAAGGCAUUGCUACCGGACACUGAUGAUGGAGAAUUUCGAGGUGGCUAUGGGCAUGCGCGAGUUGGCGGUCGAAAUAAUCGACAUACAGCUAGAGACAAAGAAAAGAAAUUUGAUCGACUACGAAUGACUUUCAAUUUGGACGAAGAUCAGGUGCAGCAACUUCGAGCUUACGUCACCACGCCCGUACUUGACAAACUUGAUCAUGGACAAGAUUUGGAGUGGCUGUCGGAGAUGCGUCAAGUAUCAGUCAUGUUUAUAAACAUGAAAUUGCCGGAUGGAGUUGAAGAUGCUGCAAGGGCACUGCAAAAGGCAUUCGAAGUGAUUUAUGAUGCCACUAUUAAAAUGCAAGGGAACUUGAAUAAAGUUUUCAGUUUUGAUAAGGGGUGCACUUUUGUAGUCAUAUUUGGUUUGCCUGGGGGCAAGCAUGAAGAUGACGGCGCAAGAGCAUUGAAAGCUAGUCACAUGAUCUAUGAAUCGUUGCAUGCAGUUGCUGAGAUCACUGAUGAGAGCAUCGGUGUCACUACAGGUCGGGCAUUUUGUGGUGUCGUGGGACACAAAGAUAGGCAUGAGUAUACUGUUAUUGGUAGAAAAGUCAACAUGGCUGCCCGUUUGAUGACAAAUUAUCCUGGCAAAUUAUCUUGUGAUUCGGAAACCUACGAAGUUGCCAAGUCAAAGCUGAAGAGAUCGGAUUUUAUUGCAUUGCCUUUUAAACCCCUAAAGGGUAUAAAGGAUCCAGGGGUAGUGAGAGAGUACAACCCUAGCUCCAGCACACAAGAAGAGGUAAAAGACUUUGAUUUCCCGAUUCUAGGUAGAGAAAAGGAGAUAGCCGAGUUCAAUGAAAUCCUAAAGACUCUGAAAUUCAACAAAAGAGGCCUACUGAAAAUAUUACUUCAUCGCACCCUGCUUAAUCUAGAGCACUGCAGAUGCAGCUCUGAGAAGGAGCAUUUACUGUUUAAUGUCGUUCAAGAACCAGAGAUGAGAGAAGAUGUUUUACUCAAUGACCUCCUUGGAACCGAGAUCUUACCAGAUCAGAAAUUCACAACAAUGGAAGAGGAAGAACGAAACUCACGUUUUCAUGAUGUCUUAUUUCAUAUAGUCAAAAUGCAAAUGCCAAAUAUGUUUGUCGUUGACAAUGCGCAGUUCGUAGAUGCAGAAUCCUGGGGAUUUUUCUUCGAUUUUCUUAGUGCCUCAAAUGCCAUUCUUGUGCUUGCAAUGCGAUUGUUGACAUCAAUUGCAGGUCAGGCACCUUGUGACGAAGAGCUGAGAAUUCUGGAUCAUGGCAAAACCAAAAGAAUUUUUCUUGAUGGUCUUCAUGAAAGCCUAUUGGCUGAUUUGGCGUGCCAGUUGCUUCAAGUUUCCUGCGUGCCAAUAAAACUUGACGAAAUACUAAGGGUAAAGAGCAAUGGUGUACCUUCUUGGUGCGAACAACUCGUCAAGCAGCUGCAGAUGACGAACGUUAUUCAGACCGGGCCUAGCAGCCUGCUUAGCACAGCGGAGAGUGUAGAAGUAACCCCAGCUGAUAAAGAAUCUAGUAUCAGUAUUCCGAGCGUAGGAAGCCAGCCUGUCGAGCUGCCGGUUUCUUCUGCAAGGAGACGCUGGAGUGUGACAAAACACAUCGUCACUGCCUUUAAACGACACAGUACUAGCUAUUCUACAACGUCAGAGAAUCACUCAACGGUGGAUCCUGAGUCGAGAAGAAGCUCAGAGCACCUUCCUGGCUCAGAGGUGCGUAGAUCCAGUGUGGAUUUAGAAAGUGGGUCCGGCGAUAAAUUUCACCGUCCAUUUCAAGAAUUUUAUCAACGCGGAAGGCGGCUCAGUUUGGAAUCAGGAAAAAGCAUUCGCUUGCAUUUAGAGUUGGAUGAGGGUUUAUAUCCAUUAGAAGAAACAAAUGACGAAAUUGGGGAAGAAGAAACUUGGCCUUCAAAGACUACGAGUCAUGCUAGCUGGGGGCAAAAGCGACGAAGUUCUGUUGGUGUACCCAUGAUAUCAAGUGUCUCUUCUAAGCACUCACGUAGCCACGUAUACGCAACGCGCGGUGCCAUUCCGGACGACUUAGACGAGGUUUGCAUCAUUGCACCUGGUAUGCACAUCAGUGACGCCGUAGUGCCUGAUUCGGUCAAUGAUGUUGUCGUCGCGCGGUUAGACCGCAUGUCUCCUAAUGAGCAGCUAAUUUUAAAAUGCGCAUCGGUGCUAGGAAUGAGUUUCACGCGGGAAGUUCUAAAUGCGAUUGUCCCGCGGAAAAUAGCCCCCGUUCUAGACACUACUUUGUAUAAAUUGAGCAAAGAGAGACUUCUCGAGUGUGGUUCUCUAGCUAUAAGCCAAUCACAACAGCACAGUCGAAAGGAAAGCAGGUUGAGUCGCACGUCAAGCUAUCAUCAUCAUAGGCAUGAUGUUAAGCCGAAAAGUCAAGUUCUAUGCGGCUGUUACGCGGCGGAUGGCUAUCCCACAAUCAAUCUAUCCCAAACAGUUCGUAAAGCAACUGGCAAAAAGAGGCUUUGUUUAUUUUUUCAUUUCUGCAACACAUUUGAGCGAGAGGCGGCCUACGAUUUGUGGUUAGAAGACCAGAGGAAGGCUCUGCAUGAAAGAGCUGCGAUGUAUCUCGAAACACAAGGACAUCUCUGCAAACCAUGUGGUGGCACAUCGUUUGUUCCAGGAAUGAAAACUAAGAGCGUCCACCGAAGCAGUAUAGCAGUUCGUAACUCAGUGGAUGUUGCGAAUCGUGUUGAAAGAAAACGUGCGCAUGCUGCAGCGAAAAUGUCAGCUACGAGUCAUCAAAAGAACCUGGUAUUCGCGAAAGUGCUCACGGGAAAUAACAGAGUAAACAUGGACAAGGAAGAAGUCCAGGCUGAGACAGGCUAUUAUUCGAAGCAGAAGCAGGCUGGGACGAGAGGGGAGGGCGUUGGCCGAGCAUUGGUUGAUAUGGCAGGUUUGAUAACAAAAAGCCUUGUGAAUGAGAACAAACCAGCGAAUAGUUUCAAAUCAGCAGUGCAAAAAGUCUUUGGAAAUGGCAACAACAAAGUCGCACCCGACACCGACACGAUGACUCGCGCUGUCAUAGCAGAGUUUCACAAGUUUACCAUGGCAUCAGAGAAAUCUACAGAACAUUUCAGGAAGUCAAGCCAACACGAUUUACGAGGCUUUUCUGACCAGGCAAGGUCGUCCAGAGUUGAUGUAAGCGAGUGCGAAUGCAAUAACGUGUUGUCCGUGAUAUUUCCCCAGUUAGUAUUCCAUUGGAAAGCCUCUGGAAACAAACUCAAGACUUUCCAUUACUUUAUUGAGAGUGCGGCAGCGUUCAUAGCAAUUCAUUCGAAUAUUCAAGCACUAUCGUUUCUGAAUGAUGUGGAUAAUAUCAUCCGCGAAGCAGAAACAGAGAGCGAUGAUGAAUCUUUUUUCAUCACUGCCGAGGAUAAGGCACGUGUAGAAUUCUUGCGAGGCCAGGCGCUAAUGAAUUUGAACCGAAUCGAUGAUUCGAUCAAGCACUUUGUGCUCUCGCUAAAACACCUAGGCAACUCCCACCCGAAUUCAAGGUUUGGCACCUUUGUUAGAACUUUCUCUGCACACAUGACCCAAGUUUUGCACCGUAAAAUGCCCGAUACCUUCAAAGAAAGAAGAGAUUUUGGGGGGCUAGAUGGUUCUAUUAUGAAUGCCUGCUGCCCGUUAUGUGUUCUGGCGUUUGUCUCGACAUCUGCGCCCAAGAUUGCCAAAUUGCCAAAUUCUGAGCUUAAUGACAAAUUUUUAACUUCCCACAGGGACAAGUCAAGACUCUUGAUAGAAGAAGCGCGUUGCCUAACGCAUCUUUCCCAUGCUUAUCACGUGAAACACGAUUUCAAGAGGUCCUACAUGGUUGCUUUAGAGCAGCUGAAUGCGGCGGAAGAAGCAGAAGAAGAUUGGAUUGAGCUGAUGACGGCAUAUUCAACAAUGAUCGAAUGUUGCCAGUUGACAGGACGAGUGAAGCUUGGAUCUAACUAUGAGAAAAUAGCCCUUGCAAGGAUGAAGCCAGAGUUCAGGAACGUUGAAGAGUUAAUGGUGGCAGUGCAGCUUCAUUCUGUUUUGAUGUCCUUCAGGCUUUUUCAAGGGAACCUUUCAUCAGCCAUCAAUGCAGGCUACGAGGCUUUGCACGUGUCAAACAAUGUGAAUGAUCUGCGUACAAAGAUUGACGUCAUUCCGCUGCUCUCGCAAUCAUUGCUUCUGUUAUCAAGAGUGCAAGCCUGUCAUGAGGUGCUUCACGAAUUACGUAGAGCAGCAACAGCAGUUGAAGAUCUGCACGGAAAAGCAUUGUACUACUGUUCUUGCAUGGACUUGCUGCUGGAGCCUGAAUAUGCGUUAAUGACGUCAUCAGUUAAAAUAUUUACCACCAGGGCAAGCGCAAUGUCUGUUGGUUUUUUGGUUUGUUGGUUGUUUCUACUGCAGAUGCUCAUUGUCGUUGCACUUCUUCAGGGUUUGAGCAGACAAAUGUCACUGAAGCUUACAGCUAAGCUUGGCCGUCCAAUUGAGUCAUUUGAUAAAUGUGUGGGAUUUUAUCAGAAAAUCGUCGAUGACCCCUCACUUUCUGCAGACGUCAUCCCGCGGUUCUACCUGACAGCUUCGAUUGCAGUCAUGUUGGCGAGGCAAAGAAAAUGGCCAAUAGCGCAUUCAUUUUAUAACGCUGCUCUUGAGCUGGAGCCUGGAUACUCAGAUCUCUUCCUUUACUGCCGAGCUUAUGCCAAAAUGACUGAAUUCAAUCUUUUAUCAUUUCGAGAAAACAUAAAUGACCAGAAAGAAAAAAAUAUCUGCAAAAUGGUUUUAAAGAAGCUCAAGGUUAUUACGCAGAAAUAUUCGAUUCUUCUGCCGAGACUAUACCAUCUGCGGGCCUACUUUGCAUAUUUGUGCGGAAAGCCUUCCAAAGCAAAGUUGCUGAUAGAAGACUGUCUUGUGGCCAGCCGAAGCAUCGAGCCUAUGUUCGAGGUUGACUGGGUAAUGUCUAGCAAAGCUCAUUGGUUUUCCAACGACGUACAAUCGAACAUAGGAGAAGAAUAUAAUGGAAGAUCGAAAUUUGUCUUGCCACGAACAUAAUAACAGAAGAGGCUAUGUGUAUUGUGAUGCAAUAUUAAGCAUGUGGAAUGGAUUAUAGUAUAACUUAUAUAAAUUAGUGUUUGAACAUAAGUUUUUUAAAAGAAAAAUAAUUUUACAAAGCAACAGUAAAUAAUAUUUCGUUAUUGCCUUUUACGAAACCUAGUCAAAUGACAGUCAACGUCUGAUGAUAUGAAAUCCAUAAGGAUAGAAAAGUUCUUCCAAAUUAUUUGAAGUUGGCCUAAACAGAUAUCAUUUGGAAGGCCAAUUUUUUUUGCUCGAUUCUGCAUUUUGUCUAGAAUUUGUUACCUUCGUUAUUGAUCAAUUCUAUAAGAUAAAAAGCUUCAUUUUAUAGAUAAGUUUUGAUUAAAGCACAUUAAUCUUCAGUUUCAUUUCAUCCCUGCCUCGUGGGAGGGGACCGUCAGAAGGGGACAUGACGGGACAGAAGAGGUCUGGGGACGACGGAAGCAGGCAUGAGGGGAUAUUUUUGUGACCGAACAAUAGAAAAAUAUAGGGACGUACGGAGACAAAGAGGACGAAAGAAAUAGGGGGAAAGAAGAGAGGGAAAGAGAAGAGGUCAGAUGAAACAAUUUGGGACAAUGAGAAGGUGGGAGAAGAUCGGAGAGAAAGGAUAUAUUCCGUGCUUAUCCAUAUUGCCCGUUUACUAUUUAACGUAGAAGUUCUGCUUGUAGACACAAUGAAGUCAGUGGUUUUUAUUUUACUAUAAAAAUACGAAUCUGUAUCCCCUAGGUCCUUUAAGCAGCAGAUCUAACUGCUUAUCAGAUCUUACUGCAUUUGCAUAUCUAGCUGCUUAUAUUAAUCCGCUAAAAUCAGUAAGUCUAAAGCAAUAUUAAUUCCCCAAACUUGACAAGAAGAUUACUAAUAAAGCUUUGUGAUGUUAAACACCAAAGUCUAGGACAAACAGUUUCACAAACAUCUGCAAACGAAGCAAAAUCAACAAAAAAUGUUCAAAGCAAAACUCUGCAAUUUGCUUUUAUGAACAUGUGCAGUCAAUAACUGACAUUUAUCAUUGAAAUUGUUUCAACAAAGCUCAGAACCAGAGCCGCGGAAUUAUAAGCAAAUAGAAUCAAAAAAGGCGAAAAUUGAAAUAAAUUGCCCUGUUAUGUAUUUCUUUGCACCUUUUCUACUAGCCGCGUCGAAGGGAACUGCAAUCGUGGCCAAAACUCCUUGACACUGAUUUAAAAAUUCGGCAUGCUAUCAAUUGUUCCCAAGAAAAAUGAGGACAUAUCAAUUUCUCCCCUCCCCCCUAUAUCAAUGUUGGUGUCGUUUUAAAGCUAAAUGUUUCAGCAUUCGAUUUUAGCCCAUACAAACACCCCAACAUUGAUGUAGGGGGUAGGGGAUCACGUUGAAUAAGAACCCAAUUGCAUUUGGGAAGCAGUCUCACAAGUUUUGGCCAGGAUUGUGGGUCGAGAUUUUGGCCUCGUUCAAGAGUUGGCCUCGCUUGCCCGAAUCUAAUCGAAUCACUUGCAGUUUCAGAAGCUGAAAUUGUGGUCUGCCUUUUGCUGUCAUUUAGCACCGAAAUUUACUAAGAAGCUACGGUAAAUGGAAACUGUACCGUAGGUAAUUGCACCAACAGAAACUACGAAUUGAAGAAAUGGAGAAAGGAAAUCUUUUACAAUGCAUGUUGAACAACGUCACGCCGAUUGCU